AUGGUUUAUCUUGUUCUAUUAGAACAAUUAACACGAAGAAAACUUUUAAUUUUUCUUAUUUGUUUAUUAAUUAUUCAAAUAAUUUAUUUUCUUAUUGGUGGUCUUAUUGUUGGAACAAAACCAGCAUAUGCUAAAGAUUAUGAAUUUACAGUAUGUCAACAUAAAAAAAAUCAUCAAUGGACUUAUCUUAUGUCCGAAAGAAAUUGUGAUGAAGUUGAUUUAAAUUUUGAAAUUAACAAAACUUGGAAAGAUUUUGUUUUUGUUAUACAAUUGCCACGUAUUACACCAUGGUUUCAAACAUUAACAUCAUUUAUUAUACCACAUAUUGAAUAUGAUUCACGAGUUACUUUAAGUUCAAAUGCAAUUUUAACAUAUGAUGUUCGUCUUGGUUAUAAAACUGAUGAAAUGCAUGCAAAUUCAAAAUCCGAAUGGAAAUUAGAAGUUAAAUCACGUGAAUCUCGUUCAAUAAAAUGUCAACCAAUAUAUGAUUAUAAUAGUGAAAAUAAAAAUAUUCCUGUUAGAUAUACAUGUGAAUCAUUAGCUUUUUUGGAAUUAUCUACAUUAAAAUAUCCAUAUUAUUUAAUUAAUUUAAAAAUUAUUGAUGAAUAUGGUCUUUCACAAAAUAUUGGUAAACUUAAAUCAUUUAAAUUUGUUGUUAUUUAUCAAACAGAAACUUUUACAAAAGUAUGGUAUAUAUUAAAAACAAUAACAUUUCCAAUUGUUCUUGCUGCUCUUAUUUGGUUUUGUCGACAAAUGAAACGUGCACAAAAAAAAUAUUCUAAUCUUGACAAAUUAUUAUUUUUACUUGGUCUAUCAAUAUGUAUACUAAAUGCUCCUAUCGAAUGGUUAACACUUAUAAUACCUUUCAAUGGUUUUCAAAUCUAUAGUGAAAUUCGACAAGGAUUUUUUCUUACUGUUCUUUUAACAUUUUGGCUAUUUUUUGCUGGUGAACAUAUUAUAGACAAAGGUGCUAAUUAUAGUUUUUGGUCAUAUGGAAAAUAUAUUGUUUUACUUUGGUUUGCUGCAAGUAUUUUAUUCAUUUUUGAAUUAUGUCAAAGAGGAUUUCAACUUUGGAAUCCAUUUUAUUCCAUAUGGUCAACACGUACUGGUCAUUAUGCAGGUUUAAUAUUUUUUAUACUUGCUGGUUUAUCUGGUUUUAUUUAUAUUAUCUUUCUUAUUAAUCUUGUUGUACGUGUUUUUUGGAAUAUUCGUAGUAAACAAGGUGAACUUGCAGCUAUGCGUCGUAUUCGACGUUUAAUGUAUCAGGGAGCAUUUUAUCGAUUUCAAUUUUUAUUAUUAACAACAAUUCUUUGUGCUGUACUUACCAUUAUUUGGUAUUAUUUAAGUCAAAUUUAUGAAACACAAUGGGUUUGGAAUAAAGAAAAACCAUCGAAAAUUCAAUAUUCUGGAGCAUUUAUAACUGUAAUCUCAAAUGUUGAUGAUAUGGAUGAAUUAACAUUGACUAAUGAUGAUGGAAAUAUUAUUCAUCUAACGGAUAAUCAAACAUCAGCUUAUGAAAUGAUUAGUAAAGCAGCUAUUAGUUAA